AUGCUAACCAGAAGGUCUACACUAACGUUACUAAGAACUUCAUUGACCAGUCAUUCAAUUCCUACAGUAAAUUACACCCAGCCAAUUGCCAAUUCCAUAUUCAGACAAUCUAAAAUGCCUUUGGUUACAAUUUCUCAAUCCUUAGAUGAAGCAUAUACCAAACAUCAUAUUAUUCCAGAAGUAAUUGAUAAAUUUGAUACUCAAGGUUUAUUAACCAUUGAAUAUAAUCAACAUGAACAAGUUACUUUAGGUAAUGAACUUUCAGUUUCUGGAACUCAACAUAUUCCCAAGAUUCAAUUCACCCUUAACUCCCCAACCCAAGAUGGAAAAAUUGAAUCAAUUACUAAUCAAGACAAAUUUAUCUUAGUUAUGACUGAUCCAGAUGCACCUUCAUUUCACGAUAAGAAAUGGUCAGAAUAUCUUCAUUGGAUAGUUGCUGAUUUGAAAUUAACCGAUGUCGAAGCUAAAGAAGGUAAUGAACCGGAAAUUUCCCAUACCAUUGAUGUUAAACAAGGUAGAGAACUUGUUCCAUAUAUGGGACCAGGUCCACCACCAAAGACUGGGAAACAUCGUUAUAUUUUCUUGUUGUAUAAACAAGAUCCUCAAGCUAAUGAAUUGGUUGCUCCUUCAGAUAGACCAAAUUGGGGCACUGGAGUUCCAGCUAGCGGAGUUAGAGAUUGGAUUAAGAAGAAUGCACCUGCUUCGAAGUUAUUGAGUGUCAAUUUCUUCUAUGCUAGAAACAAAGAUAAUUGA